UUCCAGUGUAAAAUCUGCUCUAAAUCAUUCAUUCAGGAAAGUGCUUUGAAGUACCAUGAAAAGAUACAUAGAGGAUAUGGCUUCUAUUCAAUGUGGAAUGCAAAUUAAGAGGGAGGUCCAAUCUGUUGAUGAUGAAGUUCCUUUUCAAAAACAUGACGUGAAAUCUGAACCGGGUGAAGCUGAAAUGGUCAGUAAAUGUGGAAGAAAUGGCAAUGCCUCUGAUACUCACAUGCCUACCAACGAUUUGGACGAAAACAAUGAAUUUAAAGUGAAUGUGCCUAUAGAUAAAUUUGACCCAGAACAAAUCGACAGUGGAGAUAAUUUUUUUAUUCCUCGCCCUGAUAUCAAAUUUGUAAAGUGCGAGAAUAAAAUAACAGAAGGUUCCAAUAAAACAGCAUGUGAAGGAAAAUUAUUCAACCAUGAAAAUGGAUCCAUUUAUAGCUGGCGAACCCAUAAUGAGUCUCACGCCAUACUACUGGAAAAUAUGACUGAGGAUUCGAAGCCUUAUAUUGGUUUUACCACUGAUACUGGGAACAUCCUUGUUGAAAUAAAGGAAGAAACUAUCUUCGAGGAGAAGGAAGAUAUUCUCACUGAAAAUAUUCCAUCAGGUCCAGAAGGAAUAGAGUUUGUUGUUGAAAAUGAUCAUGUAAAGCAUGAGAUGAUACCAACAAUAGUUAAUGAACAAUACAAUUCUGUAAACAGUUUGAAUCCAAAAACCAGUGAAAAACCUCAUACUGGCGAAAAACCAUUCCAGUGUAAAAUCUGCUUCAGUUCAUUCAUUCAGGAAAGUGCUUUGAAAUACCAUGAAAAGACACAUACAGGUGAAGAUCCAUUUCAAUGUAAAACAUGCUCGAAGUCGUUUAUUCAGAAUAGUGAAUUGAUUAUACAUGAAAGAACUCAUUCUAGUGAAAAACCGUUUCAGUGUCAAAUAUGCUCAAAAUCUUUCAGUCGAAGUGCUCAUUUGAAAUACCAUGAAAAAAUUCAUACUGGGGAAAAAUCAUUUGAGUGUGAAAUCUGCUUUAAAUCAUUCUUUCACAGUCAUAGUUUGAAACGCCAUGAAAAAAAUCAUACUGACGAAAAAUCUUUGAAGUGUAAAGUCUGCUCAAAAUCAUUCAAACACGGCAGUUCUUUGAAAUACCAUGAAAAGAUUCAUGCUGAAGAGAAACCAUUUCAGUGUAAAAUUUGCUUGAAAUCAUUCAUUCAAAGUAUUGAUUUGAAAUACCACGAAAAAAUUCACACUGGAGAAAAAUCAUUUCACUGUAAAAUAUGCUCAAAAUCAUUCAUUCGAAAUAGGGAAUUAAUUACACAUGAAAGAACUCAUUCUGGUGAAAAACCGUUUCAGUGUCAAAUAUGCUUGAAAUCGUUCAGUCGAAGUGGUGAUUUGAAAUACCAUGAAAAAGUUCAUACUGGGGAGAAACCCUUUCAGUGUAGAAUAUGCUCAAAGUCAUUUAUUCGAAAUAGUGAUUUAAUUAAACAUGAAACAACUCAUUCUGGAGAAAAGCCAUUCCAGUGUAAAUUUUGCUCAAAAUCGUUCAGUCGAAGUGAUAAUUUGAAAUGCCAUGAAAAUAUUCAUACUGGUGAAAAACCCUUUCAGUGUGAAAUAUGCUCAAAGUCAUUCAUUCGAAGAACUCAUUUAAAAAAUCAUGAAAACAUACAUACUGGCACAAAAUCAUUUGAGUGUGAAAUCUGCUUUAAAUCAUUCUUUCACAAUCAUAAUUUGAAACGCCAUGAGAAAAUUCAUACUGGCGAAUAAUCAUUCAAGUGAAAGGCUGCUCAGA